CUAGAAUGCCACGUAACUGGUCAUAUCACUCGCUGUGAUUCUGACAAUGGUUACAGGUAUCUGAACGUAGCGAUGCUCCAGCACACAGAUCCCGUAUAAGCGUGAAAGCAAUAGGUUGAAGACGUUGAAAUCUUAACACGUUAUGAGGAUCUUAAGGCGCACUCGAGGCUCUUUUUGCCUGGUCUUGGCUGUCGGGUUCCUUCUAUCGUCCUUCUACAUCCUUGUGGUGAGGAAUCCCCGAGCCGGCACGGAUAGAAAAGAUGAUGAGUUGGACACGAAUCACAUUGCCGGCGGAAUGGACCAAGCUGUGAGGAUGACUGUACGAAAAGACACCUCUCCCGGUCCCAGCAAAGCGCCUUACCUCACAACAAAUGAGAUUGGCAAAGCUUCAGCAGGAACUGAGGAACGUGCCAAAGAAAAUAGUUUAAACGUACGUUUACAAAACACCGUGUCAACAACAUCCACAGAGGCAAUCGAUCGCCACACAGAAGUACUCAAGAUCGAAGAGAUCGCAAUGCACACGGAGCUCGAGGUCAUCCAAGAGGGAAAACCUGUUCAAACACCAACACUGAUUUCACGUAACGUCAACAAGGAUCCUCUUAACGAAGCAGCCACUACCGAGGCCCAGGUCAGCAGCAAAGAAUUUCAUGAAAUACCUGCAAAUAACCAAAAGGUUUUCGAAGUUCAUUCUGAAGUUGUGAACGGGAGAUCUCUCUCUAGUUGGUCAACAGCGAUGAGGCGUAAUAGUUCACAGAAAAGUGGAGGCCACAGCGAUGACGUAACUCAAAGUUACAGCCGAGAGCAGCCGUUAUGCAAAUAUCCGGACUUACAGAUGGAGAGCUCAGAAUUCAACCACCUUUUUGAAACAAUAACAAACUUGAACUGCGGGCAUGCCUCUAUCAACUACUUGACAUAUCUAGACGGGAACUCGCGGACGGAUAUAUUUCCUUGGGAUGUAGUCAAACUAAACUCCAGCGCCAUCUUACCGACACAGAAAUUACUCAACUGCACGUACAGUAAGAUUACGAGAUUUGAUGAUUUCCAUAGCCUCUAUACUACUUUGCAUACAAAAGUAUUUGUAUCCAACGACGAAACUUUACAAUUUCCGUUCAAAGACGAAUUUAGUAAGGUCACCUGUUUCUUGGAAGAGGCUGUCUUUAACCAAACACAACAAGCAUCUUCUAAAGUUAUCAGAGAACACAAUAACAUGUUUGUACAGGUAGUAAGGAACGAAUCUCUGGUCAAAGACAAAAAGGCGGAAAUAGAGAAGGAAGGCCGAAUGAAGACGGCCCUUGGACAUGGUAUGAACGUGCUCAUGGUCGGAGUAGACUCGACCUCACGGAUGAACUUCAUGCGAAAACUGCCCAAAACUUUCAAGUACUUCACAGAGACUCUGGAGGGUCACGUUCUGAAGGGUUAUCACGUGAUUGGUGACGGCACCACGGCUCAGUUCAUCGGCAUGUUGUCAGGGUUUCACGAGGAAGAGCUGCCCAACGCGAAAAGGGGAAUGGAAAAUUCAACAACCUGCGACGCAUUUCCGUUAGUAUGGAAUAAGUUCAGAACGAUGGGUUACACGACCAUGAACGCGGAAGACGAAGCGGGCACUGGGACGUUCCAAUUUCGUCUACAAGGCUUUGAAAAUCGACCAACUGAUUACUACAUGAGGCCUUUCUGGGUGGCCCAAGAAGGCCUCCCAGAGUUUGAAGAGUGGUUCUGUUUCGGAGCAACCCCUAAGCAUCACUACACCCUGAAGUAUGCCCGCGAUUUUGUGGAAGCAUAUCAUGACGUACCCAAGUUUGCCAUUGCGUUUCACACUGAACUCAGUCACGACAGUAUAAACAUGGUGCAAGUUGCCGACGAAGACAUUCUGACACUCAUAAAAUCCUGGAAGGACAAAGGCUACCUCAACAACACCAUUUUUAUUCUUUUUGCCGACCAUGGAGCCCGCUACGGUGGUCUUAGGAAGCUACUUCAAGGUCGACUGGAGGAGAGGCUACCGUUCUUUGGAAUCGCUGUUCCUCCUUGGAUGAAGAAGAGUCAUCCUGAAAUCGUUCGGAACCUCAAGAAAAACGAAGAACGUCUGACGACAGCGUUCGACUUCCACAAGACGCUGCAGCACGUGCUGGACUAUCCCGGCGACCCCUCGGGUUUCCAGGGACACGGCCUCAGCCUCUUCCAGGAGAUCCCGCUGAACCGAACAUGCGAGGACGCCUCCAUUGCCGAUCACUGGUGUACCUGUCUGCAGUCCGUAACAGUCAACAUACAGAACGUACUAGUUCAAGAAGCAGCAGGUUUCGCAGUCUCCCACAUGAAUCGUUUAACAGCAAUGCACCGAAGCCUUUGUGCUGAGUUGUUCCUGAAGAAUAUAACUCACGCAGAACUUAUCAAACCCAACAGCAAACUGCUACAAUUUGGUGGCAGUGACCCACGGUCUCGAAAUGCCCUGUUUGAUAAUGGUCGAAAUCUUGAUGUCCCUUUCCUGGAUUUUCGAAUUACGCUGGAAACUGGACCGAAUGGUGGAGCAUAUGAGGUGUCAGUAAGGAAAUGGCUGUCUAGUGAGAAAACUGAGAUAACCGCAGACAUCAGCCGCAUCAACGUGUACGGGAACCAUCCCAGCUGCAUCCAGGACAAAUUUCCUCGUCUGAGGAAAUACUGCUUCUGCAGAGAGUUCAUGAAUCCUGUGUCUCCGUAG